AUGGAAUGGGUGUUAAAAUUAACACACCCAGUGUUACUAUAUGCUAAUCCAUCAUGGUCAGUUCAAUUUAUUGUUUUCAGUUUAAUUCAUAUCAUCCUUUCUUUUGUACUUUUGGGGAUAUGUGCAUCUGAUUAUUUAUGUCCUAACGUGACAAACAUUGUGGAGUUAAAACAAAAAUCCUCAUCAAGACAUUCAGCCAUAUCAGCAUCACCCAGUAUUAUUAAAGUCUCUUCAAAUGCAUCUUCUGGUAUUAUCAUGGCUGUAUUACUUUCAUGGUGUAAUUCUUCCCCAGAUUUAUUUUCAAAUUUUUUAAGUUGGACCUCAGCAACCAAGGAUAACUUGACUGUGAUAUCACUAUCGAUAGGUGAAGUAUUGGGUGCAUGUGGGAUCAUACUUUGUAUUGUACAGGGAACCAUAAUAAUUAUUAUGUCUUCUAUUGACUUGCAAAUGAUCCCUGUUCAAAAAUAUAGUAUCUUUAAAGAUUUAAUAAUGGUUUUAAUUGCCAUGUUAUUGAUGACAUAUAUUAUAUUACAAAAUAAAAUCACAAUUAUGAAUUGUUUGCUUAUGUUAUUUAUAUAUUCCUUUUAUAUUUAUUCCAAGUUUUCACACCAUUUUUCCAAACCAAAACAUAUUGAUAGUGACACCAUCAGCGAUAGUAAUAUUGUUGGGAAUUCAUUUGAUGGCAAUGAUAUUUCAAAUUUUUCUAAUGUCAAUAGUAAUAACAAUGCAGAUCACAUAGGAUUCAACGAAAAUGCUACUGAUAAUGAAUUUUAUUUACAAGCAAGAACACCUGAUUUAGAAAAUAUUAGUUCUUAUUUUGAAGGUGAAUACGAUAAUGUAGAUUUCACAACUGGAAUAAAGAAAAAUCUGAUUUCUGCAAUGGAUUUCAAUAAUUUAUUAAACAUUUUAGAAAACUCACCUUUGUCAUCCACAAAUGUAGCUAAUUCUGAACACGAAAUGAUCAACUUCAAUAGUUCCAGUUCAAUAAUAUUGGAUACGAAUAACAACCAUUUAUUACCACAUGACCGUCAAAGAGCCCUUUCCGAACCAAUAUAUUACCAUGUGAAUACUUUAAAUAUUGAUUCUAACAAUGUUUCUAAUCAUAAUUCCCAAAGAACCGGUUUGAAUUCUGCACCAAUGACUUUAAAAUCAUAUCAUGAUGUUGCAGACCUGGUUGAAACUGAAGCACAUCAAUUGAAUGAAUUACCGUAUGUAGAAUCUGUUUCAUUACACAACUAUUUGAAGAGAAAUCGAAAAUAUCGAAAUUUGUUGUGCCAAAUUUUAACUCCUCAUUUAUUAAAUUUUAAACAAAAAUCUAAAAUAGACGCGACUUUGUCGUUAUUAACUACUCCGUUUGUUUUACUACUUCAAUUAUCUUGUCCUCGUUUGAUUAAUAUAUUAGAAUUUGAUGAAUCUACUACAUACUACUCUCUACCUGUUAUCAAAUCAAUUACAUUAUGGGCUCAAUCGUUAAUAUCACCAGUGAUGACAAUGACAUUAAUUGCAUGCUUAUGCUCAUGGUCGAAAAUACACGUUAUCUUAUGGAUUGCAACCAUUCUAAUAAUUUUAGGAUUGAUUGCACUUUUAGCUCAUUUUCAAAGACAAUUAUAUUUACAUAACCAAUUUUCGUUAUUAACAACAAGUACCUCCGUGGAAGAUAUCGAGACAAAAAAUAAAGAAAGAAGAAAUUUAGAAAAAUUACAAACGGUGCUAAAUAUCAUAUUUUUAUUAAUUGGUAUUGUGAAUUCAAUUCUUUUUAUAUCUUUAAUCGCCAAUACUUUAAUUGAAUUAAUGGAAUUAUAUCAAAAAUUAACAGGGAUAUCCAAAGCUAUUUUAGGAUUAACUAUAUUUGCUUGGGGGAACUCCUUGAGUGAUCUGUUAACUAAUAUAGCAAUGUGCAGAUUAUACUUGAAAGUGCCCAACAAGGAUCAUAUCGAAAUGAUAGCAACCAAGUUUUUUGUGAUUUCUUUUCAAUCCUGCCUUGGUGGUGUAAUGUUGAAUUCUAUGAUUGGAAUAGGUCUUAGUGGUUUAAUUACCAUGUUUUGGUUACAAUCAGGAAAUACUAAUUGGUGGUUUUUAAGAUAUAUUGAAUUUCAGGAAUCAUUAAAUGAUAGCUCUGCGAAUACAGGAAUUAACUAUCAAUUUGUUGUGUGUUGUAUUACUAUUUUGAUUCAAAAUUUGUUAUUGUUAAACCUAAUUGGUGGUGUUAAACUUUGGGACAGAUUGUCAAAAAGAGAGCUUAGACUAGUUGGUAUAUUCAUGUGUGGAUUAUGGGGUAUUGCGACAUUUAUUAAUGUAUGUUUAGAAGUAUUUAAUCAAACACAGAGUAUUUCAUCAUAA